CGUGCCCAAGUGACCUUCACGAUCUCUCUCUCUCUCUCUCUGUUUUCUUCUCCUUGAUUCACCUUUUCGGAUCACCACAUGACCAAUUCCUGAACUUCCCUCAACAACCCACCCUCUCUCUCUCUCUCUCUCUCUCUCUCUCUCUCUCUCUCUCUCCACACGUAUCGUUUCUGGUGUGCUCUUUUCUUGUUUGCAAGGUUAUGCCUUGUGGGUGUUUCUUGAUUGUUGGUAUUCGCCUUUUCUGGGAUUCUUUCUUGGUCCUCUGGUCCAUCUGCGAAGCCCCUUUUCAUUCUUAUCCCAUCUUGAUCUUUAUCGGGCUUCUCUCCUUUCUUGUCUCUCGUCACGCAGAUUCUUCCCCUAGUGGCAUUAACUUUGGCCGCUCUGGGUGGUUUUAUUGAUCUCGAGAAUCUUGUUUCAUCUCCCGGUUCGAAUACAUCAGGUGUGUGUGUGUGACCCAGAGAGAUAGAGAGAGAGAGUCGAAUUGUACCCAUCAAAGAUUGGCCUUUCUUGCUGCUGUUGAUGAGCUGAAUUGAUGUCCUUGGCCGUCGGAGCGACUUCGAGUUCCAAGACCAUGGGACACGAGCGUGACGAGAAGGACAAUGAGAGCGGAGAGAAGGCUGGCGGUGGUGCGGACGACAGAGCAAAGACGCCCAAGGUUGAGGAGAAUGCUGAUGGUGAACCCGAGGGAAGGAUUCACAGAUCGGCAAGCGAGAGCUCCAUUUGUGCCACUGAGGAUGAGGAAGAUGAUGAAGGAAGGAAGAUUGACGUGGGUCCUCAGUACACUCUCAAAGAACAGUUCGAGAAGGAUAAGGAUGACGAGAGCUUGAGGAAAUGGAAGGAACAGCUGCUGGGAAGUGUGGAUUUGAAUUCUAUUGGAGAAACUCUGGAACCUGAUGUCAAGAUCCUGAACCUUGCAAUUGUAUCUCCUGGGAGAUCUGACAUAGUUCUUUCGGUUCCCGAGAAUGGAAAGCCGAAGGGCUUAUGGUUUACGUUGAAGGAAGGUAGUCGGUAUAGCCUCAAAUUCACAUUUCAGGUCAGCAACAACAUUGUCUCUGGUCUCAAGUACACUAAUACUGUAUGGAAAACCGGCGUCAAAGUGGACAGCACAAAGGAGAUGCUUGGAACAUUUAGUCCACAAUCAGAGCCUUACAUGCAUGAGAUGCCCGAAGAGACAACACCAUCUGGAAUUUUUGCUAGAGGAUCAUACUCAGCUCGGAGCAAGUUUGUCGACGAUGACAACAAGUGCUACUUGGAGAUCAACUACACCUUCGAUAUCCGGAAAGAUUGGUAGUUAGAAGGAAGAGUUUCUGUUCUCUCCAGCUUUAUUCGCACCGAUGUCGCUUGUCUUUCUAGUCUGAGACUGGUAAAAUUCAGUUUGUGUAAUCUAUUUCUGGUUGUAGGAUGUGUCACUUUAAGCAAUAAAGGGGAGGAUUUACAUCA